CGUGUACACACGAGCUGAUGUUUACGCCAUUUCUGUAGAGAAAAAAUAAUCGUCUUUCAACCAAAAUUUUGACUUUCACCCAGAUUUAAAACAAAUUUCCUGAUAUAAAUCGGUAGCUUUAUCAAUACUUUCAGAAUGGACGAAAGAGAGGUGAUAACAACUCUUAAGAUAUUGAUCAUAGGUGAAAGUGGAGUUGGCAAAUCAAGUUUAUUAUUACGGUUCACUGAUGAUACUUUUGAUCCUGAGCAGGCAGCCACGAUAGGUGUUGAUUUUAAAGUGAAGACUUUAGCUGUAGAUGGAAAUAAAGCUAAAUUAGCCAUCUGGGACACUGCUGGACAAGAGAGAUUUCGUACUCUUACACCAAGUUAUUACAGAGGAGCACAGGGAGUUAUAUUAGUAUAUGAUGUAUGUAGUAAACAAUCUUUUAGUAAGUUAGAUGCCUGGUUAAACGAAUUGGAAACAUUCUCUACUAAACAUGAUAUGGUAAAAAUGCUAGUUGGUAAUAAAAUAGACAAAGAAAAGAGAGAAGUGAGUAAAGAUGAAGGAUUAAAGUUUGCUAGAAAACAUCAUAUGUUAUUUAUAGAAGCUAGUGCUAAAACUAAAGAAGGGGUCCAGUGUGCCUUUGAAGAAUUAGUAGAAAAGAUUAUACAAACACCAGGUUUAUGGGAAACAGACAAUAAAGGUAUCACAGUAGGAAGUGGCGGAGGAGCCAAUCAAAGUGGUUGUUACUGUGUGGUUUAAGGACAACUAUCUAAUCAGAAUGACUAACUGGCGAACGGAAAAGGUUGUUUUUAUGGACUCAAUGACCAGCCAAGAUGGUUGUGUUAUUUUCAGUAAUUAAUCUGGACUUUAACCCUUUAGUCUUUCAAUUUUAAAUUGCUAAGUAAUGUUACAAAUUGGAAUGAAAUGAAACUUUCAAUUUUGGAUAGAUUUGUGAAAUGAUAGAAAUGGUAUCUGAAUUAUUUGGUUACUAUAUAUGGAUACAAAUUCAGAAAUUACAUGAAAGUUAUUAAGUGAAUAGUUACUAUUAUAGCUGAAUCUUGCUGCCAUUUUUUAAGGCUUCAUAUUAUGAGAGGUCUUUUUUAUUGGCAAUAGGACAUAAUCAACUCUUAUUGUUUUAAGAGGUUUUACUUAUUGUCAGGUCCAAUGUUGGUUUUUGGUCUAUAUGUUGAAUAACAUAAUCUAAUGAUAUGCUACUCCUCUUUUAUUGAACAUAAAUUUAUAUUUUCAUUACCACGCGAGUAGUGUACCAUUAAAUUGUGCUAUAAAUAUUUUUUAGUGUUCAUAAAACUUACAUGUGGCUAAAUUUGCAUGUAAGACAUAACUUGAUUUGUUUCUAAACCAUUUUUUAUUGCAUUUAUUGUGACAAGGUACCUGUUAGCUGGAGACCAUGAAAUUAACUUUGUACUAGUACAGAGGUCUGUAAAAACUUAUAAGGUUGAGAUAUAACCUGUUUGUGGUCACCCCACCUACGUUUACCAUAUAACCUGUAUGAGAUCACCAGAAGCACUAAAUUCCACGAAAUAUUAGGUUGAUCAUAUAGUCUAUAUGUGACUUGUUUGUUAUUAUAUUGGAUCACAAAAUCAAGAAUUGGCAAUCCUCUUUCAGUUUCAAUGUGUGAUUUAAACACAUAAUUCAAACAUGAUAAUGAGGUCAAAAGCUUUACAGAGAGACUUCCUUUGGCAUGAUCCAAAUUUUCAAAUACCGGUUUAGGUCUUUAGUCGAUAUAUUUAGCGCAUUAUUUUGCAGAAAAAAUACAUUCUGAAAUGGAUCUCUUGUUUUAAUUUUGCUUUUUUUCUAAAUUGAUAGUAAUUGUAGCUAAGUUAUAGCUUGCCAUAGAAAUAUCAUAUGAGACUACUGAAAUCCCGCUUUCUAAGGAGUUGACACAAGAUGUUAGAUUUUAAGCUGCCCUGCAUUAAAUUGAUGAAAAAAUAAUUUUGUCCUCUGAAUGAUUGCUCUACAAAUCUUAUAUAAAUUAUAGUUUUGAUGUAUUUGAAGCUUUUAAAAUACAUACUUAUUCGUUUUCAGCCUACCAAAAAAAAUAUGAAAAAUCAUUUGUAAAUAGAUUUGUAAUUUAGAGUGGAAAAUGGGUUACUAUAUUUUAUUUGUAUGUUGGUAAGCAUACAGUAUGCCCAAUCUUUAAGCAUGAGCAGUUUACCAAGUUCUUUUAGAAGAACAUACAUCCUAUUUUCAAAAUCCAUUGCCUUUAGGUAAGCUUAUUGAUGAAUUAUUUGUGUUGUACAUUUCAAGUGCAUACAUCUAACAAUAUCUAGUGCAUUUAAAACUAUAGUUGAAUUGCUUGCCCAACGUAUAUUUAGAUAGAUUUUUCUCUGAAGUUCUACUCUAGCUACCAUGCAGAAAGUCAACAGCUUUGCAUUAAAACAUGAAAACAGAUAAAUACAUUUUUUUCACUAUGGGUGAAUUGCAAGAGUUUUAACUUAUCAUGUAUGUAAUAUAUGUAUCUUUUGUUUGUACAGAUAUGAUUUUUAUAUGGCCACAUCUCUCUAUGUGGACGUAUAUUGUCGGCACCCCUGUCGGUCCGUCAACAUUUGCUUGUAAACGCUCUAAAAACUAGAUUUUUUGAUGGAAUCGAAUGAAAUUCGGUAUGUUUAUACAUAUUCAUAAAGAUCUAGUUCAAAUUUGAGCUAUUUUCGACCGUUAGAAGCAGAGUUGCCACAAAAUCUUGAAUAUGCUAUUACUCUCUUAGUUUUCAACAGAUUUUGAUGAAACUUAAAAUGGAUGUUUCGUUUUUACCAUCUGCAUGCCGUGGUGGGCGUAUAUGGCUGUGGUCCACUAUCUUUAUUAUUUGGGUUUAGGCUAAUAUUAUUUCAUAAAAAAUGUGUUUGUAUUGUUAAUAUUAUUGUAGUUUAUAAUUUAGUUUAGGUUUUAGAAUUUUACUUUUGUACAUAGAUUUCAAUUAAGUUUUAAUAAUACUUUAUUUUUUGAUAAUAUAGAGUAGUCUCAGUAUUUCUUCCUCAUUCAAAAUAAAUUAUAUUGUAUAUUUUACACAAUAAAUAUUUCAUUAAGCUUUU